AUGAAGAAAAGCAAGCCCCCCUCCUCCAGGAGAGCUGAAAUCCAUCAACUCUACCAAGUCUACGCUGCAGGACUGGAAACUUUGAGUGCCCGUGCACUGCUGACGUUCCUCCACAAGGAGCAGAAGGAACUCACAGCAAAUGAAGAAAAAGCAGAGAGUUUGAUCGAUAGAUUUGAGAUCAACGAGACAGCCAGAGAAAACAGCUCAAUGACCUUUGAAGGGUUCCUCAGGUACAUGGAGUCCAAAGAGUGCUGUGUGUUCAACCAGGCACACACAUCAGUGUACCAGGACAUGGACCAGCCUCUUACCAGCUAUUUCAUCUCCACAUCACACAACACCUACCUGACCGGAGAUCAGCUAGUAGGGCAAAGCAGCCUGGAUGCCUAUGUUAGUGCUCUGAGGAAAGGCUGUCGCUGCCUGGAGAUUGACUGCUGGGAUGGGCCAGACACGGAGCCCAUAGUUUACCAUGGCCACACCCUCACCAGCAAGAUACUUUUUAAGGAUGUCAUCACCACUGUGGGGCAGCACGCCUUUGAGGUGUCUGCUUAUCCAGUGAUUCUGUCUUUGGAAAACCAUUGCUCCCGGGAGCAGCAGGAGGUCAUGGCCGAGUAUCUUAUCUCUAUCCUGGGGGAAAACCUGCUGAUAGCUCCCUUGGAUCACCCAACUGCGGGAGACCUCCCAAGUCCAAAUGACCUGAAGUAUAAGAUCCUCAUCAAGAAUAAAAAGCUCAAGCGUCAGAUUAAGACAGAGGAUGCUGCAGAGGGAGAGGAGAGUGCAAAUGAGGGUGAGGAGGAGGAGGAUGAGGAGGAUGAGGAGGAAGAGGAUCAUCAAACAAAAGCAAAGUUCUGGUCUCCCAGAAAGGCAGGGUCAAAGAAGAAAGUAACUGAGGCUUUGUCUGACCUUGUUAUAUACACAAGGUCUGUCAAGUUCAUCAGUUUUAGUCACUCCAGGGACAAUCAAAACUGUUAUGAGAACACAUCUAUGGAAGAGAAGAAGGCUCGCAAGCUACUCAAGGCUUCAGGUUCGGAUUUUGUUGAACACAACCAGAAGUUCCUCAGUAGGAUUUAUCCAGCGGGCUUGAGGAUGUCUUCCUCAAACUAUAACCCUGUGGAAUUUUGGAAUGCCGGUUCUCAGCUCGUGGCACUCAAUUUCCAGUCUCCGGGCUUGCCUAUGGACCUUAAUGAUGGACUUUUCCAGGACAACGGGGGUUGUGGCUACGUCCUGAAGCCGGCGGUUCUCAUGUCCGCCCAGAUGCACUUUGAUCCCAGCAGCAGCCAGCACAAGCGUAAAUCAACAUCCCUGCUGCUCAAGGUAAUCAGUGGGUCCAACCUACCCCUACCCAGGAGUGGAAAAGCUCUGGACCCCUUUGUGAGAGUGGAGAUUCAUGGGAUUGCAUCAGACUCCUGCAGAAAAAACACACAUACUGUCAAAAACAAUUCUCUGAGUCCUCGCUGGGAUACUGACAUGUCCUUCACGAUUCGCUUGCCUGAACUGUGCCUUGUACGCUUCUGUGUCAGAGAUCAGACCGGCAUUCUCAGCAGUGAGUUUGUAGGCCAGUACACCCUGCCCUUCAAGAGUCUGAAGAAAGGCUACAGGUGGGUGCCUCUCCAAUCCAAAGACGGCUUCAGCCUGGAUCCAGCCUCCCUAUUCGUCUAUAUCUCGCAUUCCUAAAAAACACGUCUCCGUAUCAGACUCUCUCACAUGGCGACA